AACAGGGCGAGACGGGGGCGACCGAGGGGCGCGACGGAGCGAUUCAUACGGCCUGAGCCCUGCGUGCUCUGCGCGCUGCGGGCUCUUUGCGUCUGCGUGGAGCGCGCGACUCCCUUUCUGCCUCCGCCGCCGCCAUGGCUCCUGUGAAAAAGCUUGUGGCUAAGGGGGGCAAAAAAAAGAAGCAGCUCCUGAAGUUUACUCUUGACUGUACCCAUCCUGUGGAAGAUGGAAUCAUGGAUGCUGCCAACUUUGAGCAGUUUCUACAGGAGAGAAUCAAAGUGAAUGGAAAAGCCGGGAAUCUCGGAGGAGGCGUUGUAACAAUUGAAAGAAGCAAGAGUAAGAUCACUGUAACUUCCGAGGUUCCCUUUUCCAAAAGGUAUUUGAAAUAUCUCACCAAAAAAUAUUUGAAGAAGAAUAAUCUACGUGAUUGGUUACGCGUAGUUGCUAACAGCAAGGAGAGUUAUGAAUUGCGCUACUUCCAGAUUAACCAAGAUGAAGAAGAGGAAGAAGACGAGGAUUAGACCUGGUUAUCUGGGGUGUUUUAUAUCACUUCUUAAAUAAAAUUUAGGAAACAAGAUGGUGGUUUUCCUUGUAUCUCUGCAAUGUGGAUUGGACAGAAAAUUGGAAAUCAUAGUAAAAGGGCUUCACUUGG